CCAUACGCUUUCAAACAUUUGAAUACGAAAAACGCGAAACAACGCCAACACAAAAAUAAUCCAAAGCGAACACUCGCCACAUUAUUAUUAUCAUCACACCAUUUAAACUCCCUUCGUCCCCACCCAUUCUUCCUCCGAUCCCGCGGCGACCAAACCCUAACACCCCGAUCGAUUGUGAGGAGACGACGACGACGACGACGACGACGAUGAACGGCGGGGCCACGGCGAUCGGAGGGAGGCAGGCGCAUCGAUCCGGCCACCACCACCAGCGCCAGUUCUCCUCGGAUCAGCUCCUCUUCGACUCCGCCGCCGGCGCCGCCGCCGCCGGAGGCGCCGGCGCCGGUGGAGCCGGGAGCAAGUGGCUCCACUCCGCCGCAAUCCAUCACUCCUUCUCCGCCUCCAAUCUCCCUCCGCCGCAGCAACAGGGGGAGUACGCGAGGAUGGCGCGUGGCGUGCAAAGAGGGAUGAGCGGGGAGCUGCUCCUCUCGGUGGAGCCGUCGACGCCGAACGCGGGCUCGCGGUCGUGGAGCCAGAGGCAGAGCGAGGACGAGUCCCUGUCGCCGAGCCAACUCAGCCCGGGAUUGUUGGAUCUCCACUCGUUCGACACGGAGCUCCUUCCAGAUAUUCCAGUUCCCGGACUAUAUGAUGGUCUUCAAACUUUUGGUUAUCCUCGUGCUAGAAAUUUUGAGGAUUUAGAUCCAAGCUCUACCGCCAACAAGCAGAUUGGCAAACCCAGUAAUGUACCGGAAAAUAAUUACCUGAAAAACCUCGCAGCAGACAAAGAAAGGCUAGCUUCUGUUGCCAAGAUUAAAGUAGUGGUGCGCAAGAGACCACUUAACAAGAAAGAAAUAACAAAGAAGGAAGAAGACAUUAUUACAAUCGAACAAAAUUCCAACUCUCUCACUGUCCAUGAAACUAAACUUAAGGUCGAUUUAACAGAAUAUGUUGAGAAACAUGAAUUCGUAUUUGAUGCGGUGUUGGAUGAGGAUGUCUCAAAUGAAGAAGUUUAUCAAGAGACUGUGGAGCCAAUUGUUCCAGCAAUUUUUCAGCGUACAAAGGCAACUUGUUUUGCAUAUGGACAGACAGGUAGUGGAAAGACAUACACCAUGCAACCACUACCUCUUAAGGCUUCUCAUGAUAUUUUGAGAUUGAUGCACCACACAUACCGGAAUCUAGGGUUUCAGUUGUUUGUCAGCUUCUUUGAGAUAUAUGGUGGGAAACUUUUUGAUCUUCUCAAUGACAGGAGAAAGCUUUGCAUGAGGGAGGAUGGUAAACAGCAAGUUUGCAUUGUUGGUUUGCAAGAGUAUAAAGUGUCUAGUGUUGAUACUAUCAGGGAAUUAAUUGAGAAAGGGAAUGCUACUCGAAGUACAGGUACAACUGGUGCAAAUGAAGAAUCUUCACGAUCUCAUGCCAUUCUUCAGCUUGCUAUCAAAAGAUCUCCUGAUGGUAAUGAGUCGAAACCUCCACGAAUAGUUGGCAAGCUAUCAUUCAUAGACCUCGCAGGUAGCGAGCGUGGUGCUGAUACCACUGAUAAUGAUAAGCAAACAAGAAUAGAAGGUGCUGAGAUCAACAAAAGUUUGCUUGCCUUAAAGGAAUGCAUCAGAGCACUUGACAAUGACCAGGUUCAUAUCCCUUUUAGAGGAAGUAAACUAACAGAAGUUUUAAGGGAUUCUUUCAUUGGAGACUCACGUACUGUAAUGAUCUCAUGCAUCUCUCCAAGUUCUGGCUCAUGUGAACACACUCUGAAUACAUUGAGAUAUGCUGAUAGGGUGAAGAGCCUCUCAAAAAGCAACCCCAAGAAGGAUCUUCCUCCUGCUUCUUCAACUUUACCAGCUGUCUCUGCCUCUGAGGGGAACAAUGGUAUUGCGAGUGAUAAGAACAACUUUGGAUGGUCUAAACAGUUCGUGAGAGAGCAAUCACCACCUAUUUAUGUUGACCGCAUUCCCAGUGGAAGAGAGGACGUUCAGAUUAGUUCCAUGAAUGGCGAUUCUUUCAAGGAACAACGAAGUAAUAAGAUUUCCACCGCUGCAGAGAUAGCUGAGGUGUCUGAGACAGCAUAUCAACAGAGAAAGCCAUCGUGGAGGAAAGGAAAAGCUGAAGCCUACUCGGCUUCAACUUUAGAGGAUAACAAGCAGAAGCUUAAGGAUGUUCCCGAUGCGGAUGAUCACCUGAAUGAUCUGUUGAAGGAAGAAGAAGAGCUGGUGACUGCUCACCGAAAGCAAGUGGAGGAGACUCUAGAUAUCAUAAGAGAGGAGAUGAACCUUUUGGUCGAAGCAGAUCAACCCGGCAACCAAUUAGAUGACUACAUCUCAAGAUUGAGUGCGAUACUCUCGCAGAAAGCCGCUGGAAUCGUGAACUUGCAGGCUCGGCUGGCACAGUUUCAGAGGCGUCUAAACGAGCAUAACGUUCUUCUCUCAUCUCCUUGUCCUUAGUUAUCAAGCAGUGGGACUAUAAUUACGCCACAUUAGGUUUGAUGCAAAUUAGCCCUUGGAUUACUGGGCUAAGCCGCCAGUGUUUGCUGUUACAGUGUGCCUUCUUUCUGAAGCCAUUACAGCGUGCUGCAAAAGCCAAGAAAAGAAGUCAUGGGUUCUUUUAACUGCCGGACUAUCACCAGUCUUUAGCUGGGUAAGGCACUUUAUCUUCGGCCUUUGAUCGAUGCCGUUUCAUCUGUGCUAUUUUUUUGUUAUUCUCUUUACUAUUAUGUAUACGUUGCACAACAUGAGAGCGAUUCUACUAGUUGUGUAAGAAGAGAAAAGUGCUUUUCUUGAUCUGUUGAUCUCAAAUAUGUUUGGCUGCUUGUGUUUCUCAUCGACAGUCACAGGUGCUUUCAGUGCUUCUAGACUCAAUAGUAGUUUUAUACAUUCGUUACUAGUGGAAGCUGGCUGUAAGAUGUAUUUGAACUCUGAUGGGAUUUGCUGAGUUAAAAGCAUACUCUUUGCUGAGUUAAAAACA